AGGGUUUCUCCUGUGUGGAAGUCCUCGCUUGCGUUCAGUACCGGCCUCUCCGGCCUCCAGGAGUCGCGGCGCCUCCUCCGGCCCGUACCUCGCGCCCGAGGCUUCCUGCGGGCGCCGCGGUUCCUCCGAGAGCCUCUGCCCUCCCCGCCUGCGCGAGUCGGGGCCGUGGCUUAGGGUCCCCGGUGGAGGCAGGGCCUUUGCUCCAGCCGCUGUGCGCCUGUCUUCGAAAGCUGCCAAAGCAGCCUUUGUCCUUUCUCCAAAAGGAAAAGCAUUUACGUUGUUCUGGAAAACGACCCCAGCGUCCUCUUCGUCUCACCGACUUGGCGAUCGGUGCCUUCCGAGAAAUGGGUGACUAUUGAUGAUUGACGACUAAGGAAAAUUGUCUGUUGCUUGAUGAUUGAUGUUGCGAACCAGUUACCCAGACACUCUAGUAUACGAAGAGAAAUCGAGAUCAACCUCUUAAUUUAAACUCAGAAGCUUCUCUGAAGUGAUCUUCUGAGCAAGUUGGAACCUUCUGGGAACUGUCAUUUUCAGAUUCACAGGAUCUGACUCAAAUGUAUGGUAGCAAAAUCUGGAAAACCACUUUCUUGCUCCGGGUCAUCUUUUUUGAGACCCUUUCCGUCUUCAUAAGAGGCAAAUCAAGGAGACAAGGAUGCUGGCUGGGUUACUGAUGGAUUCUUCUCAGCACUUAGUGACCUUCGAGGAUGUGGCUGUGGCCUUUACCCAGGAGGAGUGGACUUUGUUGGAUCAACCGCAGAGAGAUCUCUACAGAGACGUGAUGUUGGAGAAUUACCGGAAUCUCAUGACACUAGGAUACAGAUCAUGCAAACCUGAUGUCAAUUCUGGAUUGGAAGGCACAGAAGAGAUGAGGAUGGGAGCGAGAGGAGUUCUGCGGGAAUUGGAUUUGCAAGUGAAAACCAAAGUUUCCACACCCCUUCAAGAUAUUUCUGUGGAAAAAACAUCAAAUGGAAUGCAAUUGGAGAGAAGCAGUUCUGGAGUGGAACAAUAUGGCUCUAACCUGUGUGGAAAAAUAUUUGGUGAACACUCGUUUCUUAUGGUUCACAUUAGACAGAAAACUUCUAAGGAUAAUCAGAAUAGAAAAGCCUUCAAAAAAAACUUUAUUCGUACUUUGUUCAAGGAAAUCCAUGUUGGGGAGAGACCUUCUGAGUGUGUUCAAGAUGAAAAAGCCUCUGGUCAGCUUUCAGAUCUUACUGGGCACAAGAAAACUCAGACACCAGGGAAACUUUGUGAACGCAAAGAUUGUCGGAGAACUUUUGUUGAUCAGUCAUCCCUUAAGGUACAUACAAGCCACCACACUGGCGAAAAACCAUAUGAAUGUAAAGAAUGUGGGAAAGCCUUCACUCAUUCCUCAUACCUUGCAGACCAUAUAAGAAUUCACAGUGGAAACAAGCCCUAUGUAUGUAUGGAAUGUGGGAAAGCCUUUACUCGAUCCACAGGACUUAUUUUACACAUACGAAUUCACACUGGAGAAAAACCUUACAAAUGUAAGGAAUGUGGAAAAGCCUUUAUUCAUUCUUCUUAUCUUACAAAACACAUAAGAAUUCACAGUGGAGAGAAGCCAUAUCUCUGUAAGGAGUGUGGGAAAAGUUUUACUCGUUCCUCAGGGCUUGUCUUACACAUGCGAACACACACUGGAGAAAAACCCUACGUCUGUAAGGAAUGUGGGAAAGCCUUUAAUAAUUCUUCAAUGCUUAAUCAACACCUAAGAACACAUACUGGAGAGAAGCCAUAUGAAUGCAAGCAAUGUGGGAAAGCCUUCACUCAGUCUUCAGGCCUUACUACACAUUUAAGAACUCACACUGGAGAAAAGGCGUAUGAAUGUAAAGAAUGUGGGAAAGCCUUUGCCCGUUCCACAAACCUUAACAUGCACAUGCGAACGCACACUGGAGAAAAGCCGUAUAAAUGUCAAGAAUGUGGGAAAACCUUUAGAUACUCCACAUGCCUUAAUAUUCACAUGAGAACUCACACAGGAGAGAAACCAUACAAAUGUAAGGAAUGUGAGAAAACUUUCACUCAAUCUUCAGCACUUGCUAAACAUCUGAGAACUAAGGCAUGUGAAAAAAACCUGUAAAUGAUCUCAGACCUUAGUAUUCACAUCUAAACUCAUCUGGAUAAAGACCUUAUGAAAUUAAAGAAUGUGAGAAGGCUUUACUCAAUUUUCAUCCUUACAUGAUAUGUGAGAACGUACCCCAGGGGAGAAUUCGCAUUUGUAUAAGGUAUAUGGGAGAGCAGUAAUUGUUCAUAGCUUACAGAAUGUGUAAGAACUCACACUUGAGAGAAAAACCUUCUGGUUGUAAGGCAUGUGGGUAAGCCUUUUUGUUUUUGUCGUCCUAAGUUUGAUUUUAUGCAUCUGAAGUUACUGCAAAAGCCAUGUGAAGGUAAGAAUGAGAUACAGCCUUAAAAUAUUUCACGUUUUAAUAGCACAUGAUAACUUACACUGGGGAAAAACCAUCUGUAUGUAGGGAAUGUGGUAAAAUCUUUACUUAUUGUUGAGGGCUUACUAUCCACAUAAGACAUUGUACUGGCAUAAAACUCUAUGAAUGUAAAGGAUAUAGGAAGACCUAUACUUGCUUCUCCUAUCUUAUAAGAACUUAACAUUUAAGAACUCACAGUGGAGAGAUGCUCUAUAGAUAUAAGAAAUCUGAGAAAGCCUUCAGAGAUUCCUGACAGCUUUGUGUGCAAGAAGACUCACGAAUGUAAGAAAUGGUAAAAAGUGGUCAGGUGUUAAUAAGCCAUGCAGUGGAGAGAAACCCUAGGAAGGUAAGGUAUGUGGGAAAGCUUUACUUCCGGCUCAUCCAUUAAUAUUUUUUGAUAAUCUCACAGAGGCAAAAAAUUAUGAAUGUUAGAAAUAUGAGAAUACCUUGUAUGUAUGUGUGUGUGUGCACAUGUGUGUGUAUUUUGGUUUUCAACCUUUAGUAAAAAUGAUACUUCACACUGGAGAGAAAUUGUGAUUGUAGGGUCCAUGAGAAAUGGUGUACCCAUUUUACAAAUCUUACUCUACAUGUGAAAACCCACCCUGGAAAGAAGCCAUAUGAAUGUAAAAAUGCAGGAAUGAUUUUUGGUAAAUAUACAUCCGUUCAGAGACUCAUAAAAUACGCACUGGAGGGCUAAACUAUGAAUGUGAGGAAUUUUGGAAAGCUUUCAGGAACUUUCUUCGUUUAUUGUAUCCAAGAGAAUCCAUACUAGAGGAGAAAUUUAAAUAAAUGACAUGAAAAUGA